CUUUUCUAUUCUCCGACUGUAUCUUCCUUUUUUUGAAAAGUCUGAUGAUUUCUUGAGCAUAUGAAUUAACGCGAAAGAAAACAAUUGACUUGGACAUGCUUCACCUCUACGCUACCGCUAAUUUCCUCUUCUCCCCUCCCUCUGUCAGGGAAGGAAUUUUCGAUAAAACUUUCUGUUUUCGGAUGGAUAUCACAUUGUACAAUUCAGAUGUUUGGUAUUUCCCAUUCAGGGUUUGUGUUGUGUACUUGGGCGGUUCUUGUGCGAAUAUUUCUUUCUAUUGGGGCUUUUCUUUUUCUCUCUCAACCUUUUCCAUAAAGUCUCCUUUUUAGUCUCCUUUUUUCUUUCUUUUCUCAUCUUCUGUUCUCUGUACGUGAUAUUUUCGGAAGUGGAUUACGAAGGUCCCGUACAGUCUUCCAUUGCCUGUUUUGCCUCUGCC